AUGUUUCAGCUUUGGAAACUUGUUCUCUUGUGCGGCCUGCUUACUGGGACCUCGGCCUCUCUUCUUGACAUUCGUGGCAAUGAUGUUGUGGGGAAGCUGAUAUCUGGUCUUGAGAGAGGACUUGGCACCUUCGACAGUACACUUGAAACUAUCUUUCAGAAUUUGAAGACUGAAUUGGAAUUCAGGUGUUCAGACGAGGUGGUGGAGGAGACCCGGCAAACUGAGAAUUUGUUGGAACAACUCAUUUCUAGAAUUUUUCAAGUAGUGAACAGGCUUACAGGGGUGAGAAUCAGAAAUGUCCAAGUCCCGGAUAUCACAUUCGAAGCAAUUGCUGAAAACAGUGCUGAUGUAAAGAUCCCCAUCACUGCUGAUGUCGCCGUGAACCUGCCUCUGUUGGGUGAGAUUGUUGACCUGGACCUCAAAGUGGACCUCCAAACUAGUGUCAGCAUUGAAACGGAUGCUGAGACUGGUGACUCCAGGGUGGUCGUGGGAGAAUGCCCCAACAACCCAGAAAGCAUCUCACUCACGGUGCUGCACAGACGCUUUGGAUUGCUCAAUGAUGUUGUGGACAUUGGAGUCAACCUUGCGAGGAGGGUGGUGUCCUCUGUAGUGCAGAAUGAGCUGUGCCCACGAAUCCACGAACUCCUUGAAAGCCUGGAUGCAGACUGUAUUAAGAAACUCAUCGGUGAACCUCAGGAAAAAUGAAGGGCGCAGAUGAGGAAACUGCUGGGAUGCCCACCUGCUGAUUGGUUCCGGGACUUGACUGAAUCUCUGUACUGUCUCCCUCUGGGACGGUCGGUGCUGCCACCAUCCCCCAGGAGUGACAACUGAGCCCAGUCAAAGGACACCUCUCAGAUACUCGUGCUCACAGUCAGGACACCCUAUGCUUGUCACCCUCCACCCCCAGCAAUAAA